CUACAUUACACAGACUUCGAAGAUUCAUAUCGCAAGCGGUCUGAAGAGUGUUCAGGAAUAUAUCUUUUGGAAAACAGCUUAAAAUGAAAUACUGUAAGCUAUUUCUCUUUCUUCUAUUAACGAUCGUGGAUGUCUCAACAAAUGCUCAAGAAGUUACAUGUGAGAGUGAACAACUCCUCAAUGUUGACAUUUUAAUGGGACAUCCAGGUAUCGUUUCACCUUAUAAACCUGGACAUAUCUUAGUUUUCUGAUGCACAGAUGUGAACCUGAAGAUGUACGGCCAACGAACAAUUGAAUGCCUGUCAAAUGGAAAAUGGGAUAACCCAUAUCCAAAAUGUGGAGCGGUAUCGUGUGUCCCAGACAGCACAGAGGAAAACGUCAGAGUCGAGGGGCUCCCUGAAAAUGAUGGUUUAGUCAGAUAUGGACACAGGUUGACAUUUUCAUGUAGUGAUUAUGGAUGGAUUUUACAAGGACCAAAUGAAAUCACCUGCCAGUUGAAUGGGCAAUGGAGCGGUCCAUUUCCUAAAUGUAUAGGGGAAACGUGUCCUCUAAACACAACAGUGGAAGACUUAAAAAUGGAGCGAUUCCCUGAUAUUGAGGGUCCCGUCAAACCUGAACACAAGUUAAUAUUUUCAUGCAAUAGAGAAGGGCUGAAAUUAAAAGGACAGAGAGAAAUCACCUGUCAGCCAAAUGGAGAAUGGAGCAGCCCUUUUCCUAAAUGUGAAGAGGUAAUGUGUGUUGCAAAGCUGACAGUGAACAUGAGAUCAGACGGACACCCGGGGCCUGAGGUUUCAGUCAGACCUGGACGCACAAUAACUCUUUCAUGUGUUGGGAGGGGAGUGAAACUACAAGGACAUAGCAAAAUCACCUGCUUGUCAGAUGGACAAUGGGGCAACCCAUUCCCUAAAUGUGUAGGAGGGAAAUGUGGGCCACCACCAAAGGUGAACUUUGCAGAUACAACAGAAAUAACAAAAAAGGAAUAUAAUUCAAGAGAGAGAGUUGAAUACAGCUGCUUUAAUAAAUACACACUGGUUCAGAGUCACCCCUACUCCAAAUACUUGACCUGUGAACAUGGAGAAUGGAGAGGGAAUAUUAAGUGUUUAAAGCCCUGUUCAGUGUCUGUGGAGGAAAUGGAUGAACGAGGUAUACAGCUGCGAUGGGCUGGACAGGAAAAGAUAUUCUCACCACAUGGGGAUGAAAUCGAAUUCCGUUGUAAGAGAGGCAAAUAUUCAAUAGGCAGUAACCUAAGACAAACAUGUAAUGAUGGAGAGAUGAAUUUGCCUCUCUGUGUGUGACAAGGCGAAUAAAACAUUACUGAUGCAUACAGCUG